AUGGUUCCGUCAGAAUUUGUGGGAAGAAUGAGGGAUGGAGGGAAAGGUGGAGAGAAAGAGGGAGAGAUGGAAGAUGUUCCUGGCCAUAACUACCUGUCCCGGAACUUUUACACCCUGCGGUUCCUUGCCCUCUUCUUGGCAUUUGCCAUCAACUUCAUCUUGCUGUUUUAUAAGGUCUCAGACUCUCCACCAGGGGAGGAAGACAUGGAAGGCUCAGCUGCUGGGGAUGUGUCAGGUGCAGGCUCUGGUGGCGGCUCUGGCUGGGGCUUGGGGGCCGGAGAGGAGGCAGAGGGCGAUGAGGAUGAGAACAUGGUGUACUACUUCCUGGAGGAGAGCACAGGCUACAUGGAGCCCGCCCUGCGGUGUCUGAGCCUCCUGCAUACACUGGUGGCCUUUCUCUGCAUCAUUGGCUAUAACUGUCUCAAGGUGCCCCUGGUAAUCUUUAAGCGGGAGAAGGAGCUGGCCCGGAAGCUGGAGUUUGACGGCCUAUACAUCACGGAGCAGCCUGAGGACGAUGACGUGAAGGGGCAGUGGGACCGACUGGUGCUCAACACGCCGUAA